AUGACAAGUUACAACGAUUUGGACUCGACGGGAAGAUCACAGGCUGACUCUGGUCAGUCACUGGGCACUCUAUCCCGGUGGGACCCCUCUCAGUCACAAGUCCCAAGUUCCGCAAGCUCGUAUGCAGACUUGAACUACCUUUUCGGAGUACAAGAUCCCACAAUGAUUGCACCAAAGGCAAACCGCAAUCGCCGCAAGUCGAACCAGGGCUCUGAAAACACGAAGCACCGGCGAACACGAUCUGGAUGCUAUACCUGUAGAAGUCGAAGAGUCAAGUGUGACGAAGCUCACCCUAUUUGCGAAAGAUGCAGAAAGGGUGGCCGCGAAUGUGUCUAUCCAGAGACCUCAACCUCAAAAGCUUCCGGUAGUGCAUCAUCGAAGACUAACAAUCCAACUCGUGAGAGCCCUGGCUCGUCAUCGGAUGAACAUGAUGACGACGUUAGCCAAGAACGACUGGAAGUCAUCCCGGAUGAGGAUGAAGACGUCGACGAUAAUCGCGAUUUGCGAGGAGAUUCGAAGCGCGGAGCUCAACGAAGCACCACCAGCCAGUCCUCGAGUGGCCAGAAGGGUGCGCCCAGGCAGGACUCAGAGACACCUUCUCUCGUGCAAGACAAAGGGGCAUCGCCCACCCCUUCAACUGAAGGAUCUAUCGGUUACUCGUCGUACCAAUCCAUCACAAAAGCGAGUCUUGCGAAACUUCCUUUCUCGGGUCAUGGUGAUCUUAGAAGUGACUGGAGCCAUCUCCCACCGGAUCUUCAGUUCUAUCUGGUUUAUUUCUACGAGAACGUUACACACCUCCACUAUUCCUUGAAGUUUGACUCGGAGAACUUCUUACAAACAAGGUUUCUGGACGCUGCACUCAGGAAUGAACCGCUUCUGUAUGCUGUUGUGGGCUUUGCCGCUUUUCAUAGAACGCUGCAUAACCCCGCCGGCAAGAUUCAAGACUUCCUGGAAUACUACAACAAAGCUGUGUCCCUGUUACUUCAUGCGUUGAAGAAAGGUGAAAGGCACACCAAUGGUAUGAUGCUUGCCAUCCUACAACUGGCGACUAUCGAGGAGUUCCUUGGUGACUGGAUUAAUUUACUUGGCCAUCAGAAAGCUGCAUACGAGAUGUUGACGGAGCUGUACACCCCCGAGUCGAUCAUGCAAGAUGAUAUGACCAGAUUAAUACUUGGAUGGUACAUGCGAUUCGACGUAUUUGCCGGCUUGAUGGCAGGGUUCGAAACUGUUCUUUCUCGAGAGUGGUUUUCGUACGCUCGAGAAUUCUUUCAGCAAAAGGUUGCGAAAGAGCCUGAAUGCUUGGACUGGAAAAUUGAGCUUGCGCUUGCAGAGCAUCGUCUUGUCGCAACAGAUAUGUCACUUCUAUUCGCAAAGAUGGGAAAGGGCGAGAUUCCGUUCGAUAAAUUCAUCCUCGAGAACGAGACUAUCGGCAGACGGAUAAGAGAAUGGAAGAGCAGCAUGGACCCUGCUCUCCAAGACAGCCGUCAUCUCGUGACAGACUUUACUGGAGCACGCCCUGUCGAUCCUGACGAUAUUGUUGACCCAUAUAUACCUGGCGUAAUUUACAAAGGACCACUUUGGGUGAUGAAUGUGGCAAUCAUUGACUGGCAUUCUAUUGAUCUGAUGCAUCAGUAUCAAACAGCCUUGACCUUAAAGUCUCAACCUAGUGCCGAGCUUGAAAAGAAAGCCUAUGCAACAUGUCAACUCUUCGAAGCCCUCGAAUACUCGCCUCACAGCCCUCCUGGUACCGUUUUGGCUUCUCAAGCUAGUCUUGGAAUCGCAUGUCUAUUUUUGCCGAGAGAUGAAAGACAUAGUAUGUGGGCACGCCGUAAACUUGCAACAAUAGAGUCCAAUGGAUACAUAUAUCCGUAUACCUUUCGAACAAAGAUGGCCGACCUAUUUCGAGAUCGAUCUUGUAUGCACUGGUGGCUUCCGAACGACGAAGCAUAUCCGCCGAUUAUUCGAUCAAUACGUAAAUUCGUGGAAGAGCGCACCUCCCCGGCCAAGAAUCUGCCCGCUGAAGAUUUACGGGAUAUGAAGGCUAUUUUCGCAUCGCUGAAACUCGACGAUGGAAAGUCAAGCGUUCCACCAGCGCACAAAACUACACAGCCAAAUGUGGCCGUGGCCCCCAAUCAAGAGAGUUUCAUAAGCAAUGAUUCAAUGCAAGACAUGGGCGGGAUAAGUAUGGGAGAAGGCGAUGCUUAUGGACUUGGAUUUGACGACGGCCACGGAUUCUGGGGUGAUGGUCAAGGUGGGGGCGCUUAUGGUAUUCCCAAGCCAGAGGAUUACCCGUAA